GGUUAAAAACUUUCUCUUUAAUCAGAAUGACACAUAAUUUACUAAUCAGGGAAGUAUUCAUAUACUCAAGUGUAAGAGUUCUUUACUUUGCAGGUAAGUCUGACUCAGGCUGACACAGAUGGGGCAGAGGAGUGGGGUGCACCCUCUCCAGUAAUCCCUAGCAGCAUGCAUUGUUUCCUUUCAGUCUGGUUGCUGAGAUCUCCCUAGGUAACAUGCGCAAAAUGUUCCAUGUGCCCCGAGUAUAUGCCAGGUCGGUUAGUCAGCAAUUCUGCUUCAAGAAUCGGCCUAUUUUCCAUUACACCAAUGGUCCAUUUUCAAAAUGGAAGGAAUUUAAAAUGUAAAAGCAUUUGCUGUGGAGAAGAGGGAGACUUUAGGACCAGGGCCAGAAUCCAAGUCUCCUCACACCCAGUUUGAUGCCUUUUCUGUUACACCCCACAGUUGAGUCUUAGGGCACCAAGUGGGUGGUCAUUAAUCUUGUAUGGACUUUUUAUCCAGUGUUGAUUAUAUCAUCUGUAUUGUGCUGUGCAGCAGAGAUUUAAAGCUGGACAGGUUGGUCACUGCACUUGAUAAACAGCCCAGUGGCAAGACAGAAGAAACAGUUGACUAUCUACACGCUGAAAGGGGUCAGUUGCAGAGGGAGGGACACCAAGCUUGAGUGGUGGGAACACAGUAGGGAGGGCUUCUCAGCAUAGUGAGUGAAUGAAAGCUCAUUUGAAGAAACUAUAUUUUCCCCCCCUCCUUUGCCCAGAACUGGGAUCUGGGCUUUCCCACACCGGUUGAGAGGGUGAGAGGUCAGGCUAACUACAUUGCCAGGUUGCUGCUGGACAUUGGAUUAGGAUCUAAUCUGAUCUAGUCAACUGAGAUGUAAUCAAUGCUGAUAUUUUUAGUUUUCAACUGUUUCCUUGUUCUUUUAUUAGUAAUUAUAGUAUUAUUUAGUGCUUCUUGGAUGAUGUCUUGGGCUGGUGUGAUUCAGGUCCUACUGCUUCAGAUGAAACAGCCUUUCAUCCAUUCACUCGAGAAGUGUUUAUUUGGUGCCUAUGUACCAGACACUAUUCUGGGGGAAAGUGAGACACACAGGCUCACGUAUGAUAUUAUCUCACGUAGCUAAGCUGUUUGACUUUUGGCAAAUCCCUUUCUCCCUCCGGCUCCCAAUUCCUCGACCUAUUCAGAGAUGUGCCCUCACAGUGGACCUAAACCAUUUAGAUUCAAAUUUCAAGUUCAUCUCUUUCCUGUUGGGUGACCACACGCAGGUUAAUUUGGGCUCCCCGAGCCUGUUUUCUCAUCUGUAAAAUGGGGAUAAUAGAACUCGUCCCAUCGCGUUGCGCUCAGGGUGAAAUAAAGACAGCCAGCCCCUGGCGCUCCGCGCGCUCAGCCCGGGUGGUCGCUGAGGUUCCCCUCGGCCGACGCUGGGUGGGCCGGUCGGCCCCAGACCCGCCGACAGGUGGGAAUCUGGGCGUGGCUCCCAGCCCCCGGCCCGGGGGCGUGGCGAGGGUAGGACAGAUAAAGCCAGUGUGUCCGGCGCGGCGGCCGCGUUCCGUCUUGACUGGACGGCGGGCAGGUCGGCUCGGCUCGGGCUGCGGGCGCCGAGGACCGAAGCGGAGCUGCCCGGCGGCGGCUAGCGGGGAGCCGGCGCGCCCGGACCACCCGUUCCGGCUCCUCGCGCGCGGCCGCCGAGCGGGCGCUGGGAACGCCGCCCCCCCCGACACCCUCCCCAACCCCGGCCCUGGGGCGGGGCCUGCAGCCGGCCGCCCCCGCCCUCCCCUCGCGCCCCGCGCCCCCCCGCCGCGCCCGCCGCCGAGGCCCGGAAGGGGCCAGUCGCUUCCGUCUCCGCCGGGGAUGCACGGAGGGCGGAGCUGCGGCCCGAGGACGCGACGCGAGCCCAGUUCCGGCGAGGAGGCCGCGCCAGUGACAGCGAUGGCGGCGGAGUCGGCGCUCCAAGUUGUGGAGAAGCUGCAGGCGCGCCUGGCCGCGAACCCGGACCCGAAGAAGCUCUUGAAAUAUUUGAAGAAACUCUCCACCUUGCCUAUUACAGUAGACAUUCUUGCGGAGACCGGAGUUGGGAAAACAGUAAAUAGCUUGCGAAAACACGAGCACGUCGGAAGUUUUGCCAGGGAUCUGGUGGCCCAGUGGAAGAAACUGGUUCCUGUGGAACGAAACACUGAGCCUGAUGAACAGGACUUUGAGAAGAGCAAUUCCCGAAAGCGCCCCAGGGAUGCUGUUCAGAAGGAGGAGGAGAUAGAGGGGGACUACCAGGAAAACUGGAAAGCCUCCAGCAGCCAAUCCUAUAGCCCUGAUCACAGGCAGAAAAAACACAGAAAACUCUCGGAACCCGAGAGAACUCACAAAGUGUCUCACGUUCAGGAGAGGAGAGAUGAGAGAAAGAGGUGCCAUAGAGUUUCACCAGUUUAUUCUUCAGACCACGAAUCUUCUGAUUAUGGCCAUGUUCAGUCCCCUCCAUCGUCUGCCAGUCCCCAUCAGAUGUCCAUGGACCAUUACAGAUCCUUGGAGGACGACCACGAGCCCUUUGUUCCACACCAGAAGCCUGGGAAAGGCCAUAGUAAUGCCUUUCAGGACAGACUGGGGAUUAGUCAGGACCGACACCUGGGGGAUCCCCAGGGGAAAGGGCCUGUGAGUCAGAACAAGGAACACAGAUCUUAUAAGGAAAAACGUCUGGUGGAUGCCAGGGGAGAUGGGAAGUCGUCUUUGAGCAGGGAGAAAUCACACAAGGCCAUCUCCAAAGAGGAACACCGAAGGCCACUCUCAGGGGAUGGCACAAAGGAGAAACCGCCCUCUAGUGGUGUCAAAAAAGAGAAGGAGAAAGAGGGCAGCACCAAGAAGAAGUUUUUACCCCCCUUGGAAGUCGCUUCAGACAACCACCUUAAAAACAAGCCAAAGCACAAAGACGCAGAGAAAACCAAAUCGGACAGAAACAAGCAGAGUCUAGACAGCUUAGACGUAGGAAAGGGGGCGGGAGACCCGCUGCCCAAGGUGAAAGACAGGGUUUCUAACAACCUAAAGACUUCAGAAGGGAAAGUAAAAACUUCUCAUUCAGACAGAAAGUCAGUGAGCUCUCUCCCUAAGGUUGAGGAGGCAGAUAUGGAUGAUGAAUUUGAGCAGCCCACCAUGUCUUUUGAGUCAUACCUCAGCUAUGACCAGCCCCGGAAGAAAAAGAAAAAGAUUGUGAAAACCUCAGCCACGACUGUUGGAGAAAAAGGACUAAAAAAAAAUGAUUCGAAAAGCACUAAUAAAAACUUGGACUCAGUUCAGAAAUUACCUAAAGUGAACGAAAACAAGUCAGAGAAGUUUCAGCCAGCUGGAGCUGAUUCAGCCAAGCCGAAAAAGGUCCCUGCGGACGCAUUGCCGGUGUUGCCAGACCUCCCAUUACCCAUGAUACAGGCCAACUACCGGCCACUUUCUACCCUGGAAUUGAUGGCCUCCUUCGCACCAAAGCGAAAAGCGCUCUCCUCACCCCAGGAAGAGGAAGAAGCUGGAUUCACUGGACGAAGAAUGAAUUCUAAGAUGCAGGUGUAUUCUGGCUCCAAAUGUGCCUAUCUCCCGAAAAUGAUGACCUUGCACCAACAGUGCAUCCGGGUACUUAAAAACAACAUUGAUUCAAUCUUUGAAGUGGGUGGUGUCCCAUAUUCUGUUCUUGAACCCGUUUUGGAGAGGUGUACGCCUGAUCAACUAUACCGCAUAGAGGAGUACAAUCACGUAUUAAUUGAAGAAACAGAUCAAUUAUGGAAAGUUCAUUGUCACAGAGACUUUAAGGAAGAAAGGCCAGAAGAGUAUGAGUCGUGGCGGGAGAUGUACCUGCGGCUUCAGGAUGCCCGGGAGCAGCGGCUACGAGUGCUGACCAAGAAUAUCCGAUCUGCACAUGCCAAUAAGCCCAAAGGCCGACAAGCAAAGAUGGCCUUUGUCAACUCUGUGGCCAAACCGCCUCGUGAUGUUCGACGGAGACAGGAGAAGUUUGGAACCGGAGGAGCAGCUGUGCCUGAGAAAAUUAGGAUUAAGCCAGCCCCGUACCCCACGGGAAACAGCCCCGCCCCCUCGGCAAGUGGCAGCUGCAACAGCUUUAGCGGCAGCCCCGAGGAGCCAGCCUACGAUGGCCCGAGCACCAGCGGUGCCCACUUGGCUCCCGUGCUCAGCACUGUGUCCUAUGACCCUAGGAAGCCGACUGUGAAGAAAAUCGCCCCAAUGAUGGCCAAGACGAUUAAAGCUUUCAAGAACAGGUUCUCCCGACGAUAAACUGAGGACUUGCCUUGGAGAUGAAAUUUGUGGAGAGGAGUACUGGGACACUGGGGCUUGGGGAAUGGAACUUCCAAAGGAGACCAGGACCCUUUGCUUGGAGGCACCUUGCGGGCUCCGAACCCCACACGGCCCGCAGGUGUUGCCCCUUGUGAGCCUGCUGGCCGAGGCCUGGAGAACACUUCAGAACUCUGAAGAAGAUGUGAAGCCUCAGUCUUACUGAGGAUUUUAAGGUCAAUUAUACUUUUGUUGUUAAUUAGCUUCUUUGUAAACUAUAAGACAUAGUUUUAAUUAAUAAAUAUUGCCCCCAGAUUGUA